UGAGCUUUGCAACGUGCUUUGAUAGUUGUGGUGGUGGAUGAAUGUUUUGGGAAAUUUUAUAAACACGUGUACAAAUGUUGUAAUAAUUUUUCGUAGUUUUGAAUUAUAAUGUUAGACGAUGAUGAUCCGGUUAUGCAGGAGAUUCCAGUAUAUCUUUCACGGACAUUGGCAGAGAAGUUAUUUCUUUUUCAGUACCCAAUCAAAAAGUCAUCAAUUGGGUAUGAUGGCGCAAAUGUUAUACAGAGUUGCAUCAAACCAAUACAUCAGGAGGUUAAACUUGAAUUGGAGCUUGACACUUCCAAUCCCAAUUAUGACACCAGCAAGGGAGAACAGAUAGCACUGAAUGUGGACGGAAUGUCCAAGGCACCUUUGAAACAUGAUAAUCGAAAGCAGGAGGAUCCUAAAUAUUUUCAAGGUACAAUGAUGGACAAGCAAGUAUUGCAAUCAACAAGAGCUGUAGUAGGAUGCUCUCAGUAUGCAAUUGCAGUUGUGAAUGACAAGGAGUUGCAUGCAACUCCACUUCAAGGAAUUGUACACCUGAGACCUUCAUUUGGCUACCUUGAUAAGUCUGAUAAACGAGCAAAAGACGAAUCGAAGGAAAAAGGAGAUGGAGAAAAUGAAGAUGAAGAAGAAGAAGCAGAACAAGUUACAGUGAAAUUUGCACGUCAGGAGAAUGACAGAUUGAAACGAUUAAGAGAGCGAUCAUUUGGCUACUUAAGCAAAAAAAGUGCAGAAGAACCAUGGUAUUACACGCAGUACUUUGGGAGAUUCUCAGAAAAAGCAGAGUUGGAGAAGGCUCACCUUUACUGUGAACCUGCUCUGACAAGUGCUGGCGAUACUGCACAGAUGAGCUUGGCAAGAAGUGAUUACACUCGCUUACUAGUUCCACCUCCUGUGCAAGAAGAAUACCAGAAACAGCGGCAAGUGACUUCAGAGACUUUGUCUCUUGUUCAAUUGAAACAGUUGCCAAUGGUAGAUCAGGUUAGGCAGCUGUUAUUACGAGCAAAAAUAGUACAGUUCUCACAGCUGCUGUCGCUAUUAGGUCAAGAGAGUGAUGUGGCUGGUCUGCUGCGUGCCAUACAGCAGUGUGCUGUGUUAGUCAGAGGAAAUUGGGUGGUACGCAGUGACUUGCUGUAUCCAAAGGAUAGUUUCAGUGCAUCUGGCAAAGUUCCUGCAGAAGUGAUGUGUCGGGCUCGUGACUAUAUUCUACACAGAUUCACACAGGAACGAUUUGUCCAGCAGGAAAAGGUACACAAAACUACAAAUUUAGGAUCAGGAGAGUUGAAUGAAAUUCUCUCACAGUUUGCGAAACCUAGAUCGGGCAGAGGCUGGGAACUGCUGCGACCAUAUGACAAUGAUUUUAUUACAAGGUAUCCAGAUGUCUUACAAAGACAGCAGAUGAUGUGGGAAGCCAAACAAAAGCAGCUUCAGGAGAGCUUUUCAUUGCCCUCUACUCCAGCAACAGGACGCACUCGCCGGCAGUCGACAAGAGAUUCAGACUCUGAUGGGAGGCCAGUUCUGUCAUCACAUUCUCGCCAUCGACCAUCGGGUGAUUCUGAUGCAGAAAUUACGACUACUCCAAAUAACCGACGAAAGUCGCACAAAGAUUCUGACAGUGAUAGUGGUGCAGAACGACCAAACCACAAAAUUGCUCGUUCAUUUGCAGGGGUUAAAGUGAAAGUAGAGCCUUUAGAAUCGUGACCCAUGUUUUGUUUUGACUGCUUUUGAGUUGCAGCUUUAUUUACUGUACUAAAUAUAUGAUGUAAAUGACAGAAUAGCUGAUGUGACUGUUGUGACAGUGAUUAUAAUUAAUUUGCUUAAUUGAAGUUGUUCAAAAGGACAUGUGAUUUUUGUAUUUGGAACAACCCAUCCAGAGAAGUGAGAGA